UCCAAGAAUCCAGGUAAUAAAAUCAAACGUCUUAGACCCUUCUGCCACGGAGGUACCUUUUUACCACGGGGUCUAGCACAGGUAGAUUAAAUUACUCUUCAAUCUACAUAAUUUAUUCAGACUUCCAUCGAGGUAGGUAACUCAGUUUGCUGGUAAAGGCGAAGCUGGCAUUGUGGGUGGCUGGGUGGAGAGACUAUGAACCGUCCCUCCCACCCCUGCCUUCUCCUCUCCCCCUCUUCUUCCAACUCACCCACUUGCACUCUGCAUUUUUAUCACUCUCUAAAUCUAGUUAUCUGGUUAUUUUUUUUUCUUGCUAUUCACCUUUUAUACCUUGUUAGAUGAUGGACUGUGUGUAUCCCGAAAUUCUGUUUAGUUUAUUCGAGGCGUUGUCAAAGAUGUAUGAGUGUACUGUAUGUGGUAAUGUGAUGAAGAAGUUGUAUUUAAGUAAUGAAAGGAAAAUGACGCCAUUAUUCCACCUUGAUUAACUAUCCAUAUUUCUCCUUCUUCUUCUCCUUCCCUUCUCCUUCUUCCCCCUUCUUCUUCUCCUCCUUCAUCUCCUUCUCCUCUUAGUAUCUCCCAUCUCUUAGCAUCACACGGUACCAACUAUCAAAGUAACAGGUAUUCAAGACUUAUAUUCCACCUUUCUCUUCAUCUCAUCCCAAUUCUACCUCUCGUCAUUAAUGCCAAAAUAAUAGAAGUUAAAAAUGUAUGUAGCUUCAUAUAACACAGUCCCUCGUUGCCGUCACAGAAAACAAGAGAAAAAUGAGUUGCGUGGAGGUCUCUAAAGGCCGUGGUCCCCGAAGGCCAUGAUUGAGAUUCAUGGUCUCUGAAGGCCAUGAAUGAGGGUCAAAAGAGAACCCAGAUAAGAAUUGAGGACUUUUGUUGAGUAAUAAUUUUUCUUCCUCACAUUAUCAGUAAACACAAGUAAAGGUUAAACACUGUGUUCUUGUCCAGCCUAGUGUUGAGGAAGGUGAAUAUUGGGUGUUGAGUUGCUGGAUAUGUUUAUGUUUAUUCCCGUAUAUUUGGAUAAGACGAUGUUUAUUUUUAUACAUUGUUUUUUGGUGUGUUUAGUAUAGAAUGUUUUUGAUCGAUUUAUUUUAGUUUAUUCGCUUGGAAUUUAACUUAUUAGGACCACUGUCAACACCAGCUGUACCUAACACCACCAGCAGCACCUAGCAACACCACCAGUACCUAGCAACACCACCAGUACCUAGCAACACCACCAGUACCUAGCAACACCACCAGUACCUAGCAACACCACCAGUACUUAGCAACACCUAUACCUAGCAACACCACCUUUAUCUAGCAACACCACCUUUAUCUAGCAACACCACCUAUACCCAGCAACACCAUCAGUCCCUAGCAACACCAAUCCUAGGCUCGUAAGGUUCCUAUUAUAAAAACAGCCGCCAUCACGCACAAUCAAUAGCACCAGUCACUCUCUCUCUCCUCCCAGCAAUGACUGACUCGCUUACGACAGCUAGAUAAGACGAGGGUUCGCCCGCCUUUUGCCUGCAGUGGCGUUUAUUUUAUGGUCAAGCCCUUAGCUACCACCCACCUGCUCUACCUGACCACCAGCAGGCCAUCACCAGCACCUUCAAAAUCUCUCACCUGUGACUGAGACACACACACACACACACACACACACACACACACACACACACACACACACACACACACACGCACGUUACCAUCAUUAAACUCCUAAGCACUAUAUCGCUAUUCACUGCCACCAUUACCACCACUACCACUUCACCACAUCAUUACCACACCACCAUCACCACACCACCAUCACCACCACCAUCACCAUCCCAUGCAUGUGCUGACGGCAGUAUGUCUCCUCUCCCCGCGACAGAGAUUGAACCCCCCAAAGCUCACAGCAACGGUGUGUUUGGCCCCGAGGAGAACGAGGUGGAAUCUGGAGAUGGACCUCUACCAACCACCACCCACCACCACAUGAAAGAAGGCAAGAAGUACGACGUCUACCAUCACCCUAAGGGCAUCAACGAUCUGCCUGGCCAGCACCGACACCCUAAGCCUCACGACGACAAGGAGGCAGAUUACCGCAGCACCGCGCACCACGGACGUCGGCCAAAUUACGGCAGCUCCCUGGACCACGGCAGCGGGGGCCACCUCACCACCUCGCCUCUCACCAUCCUCAGCCUGGCCCUCGCCCCGCUGUUGGCACUCUGGGCGACCCGAGUACCUCACCUGUAGGCAAUCAUCAGCAAAUCUACCGCAUCUAUACACCUGAAUCCUUAAAAACCUCGACUACUUCUGGGUUGAAACUU